AAGCAUAAGACAAAAAACGAUGUUGCACUACGGAUUACUGCGAUCUCUUGUAUAUAUUCUUAGCUUAUCUGUUGUGUUGGUGGCAUGUCAAAAUAAUAAUAAUAAUGAAAGUACAGACAAUCUUUCAUCGGUGUCUAAUAGGCUGCGGUUGAUGAAACAAAAUGGGAAAUUAUUGAUGAAUCUCUACGAAUAUAUUGAUGAAUUGCAAGAGAAAAUCGAGACAUUGCAAAGGCUGGCAAAGCACUUACAUCAGCCACAACUGGCAGCAAAGGGUCGAGAAGAGGAGUUCCUCUCCAAUCCGAUGAAUAUUUUGUCGCUUAUAAGACAAAUGCAUGAAGAUUGGAUUAAUGUGGAGAAGUUGAUGGAACAAUCAGUUGGUCAAAAACAAUUGAAUUUUAUAAGGAAAAGACCCAAGCUGAAAAAUGUUAAAGAAACUUUUAUUGUCAUGUAUCGCAUAGCUUCAAGUUAUGAGCUAAAUGCGACUGAUAUUGCCAAAGGAUUGCUUGACGGGAUGCAGACUGAUGCAAAACUUUCUCCACUCGAAUGUUAUGAAAUGGGAUUCCUCUAUUUUAAUGGAUCGCUUUAUCACACAGCAAUCGAAUGGCUGGAGACAGCCAAAGAGUUAAUGGAUAAAACUCAAACUGAUGUCUAUGCAUUGUUGGGUCUAACACGUAGUAAAAUUUCCCAUCUAAUAGCUAGAUGUUACACAGCUUUAAACAACUUAGAGCUAGCCCGCCUUGUGCUGCAGUCAGAGCCAGAUUUGAACGCUAAGGCUAAGCAGUUGUUAGAAUACUUCCAAGCAAACAAACCUCAAAAAGUUGAGAAUGAUCUCAUCGAUUUCUUUAGUGCCUACGCUUAUUUCUGUGGCUAUUCAUUUAAACCUAAGCCAACACGUCUUCAUUGUUCCUAUAAAACAUCAGGAACGCCUUUUCUUCGCCUGGCUCCCUUUCAAAUGGAACAGAUCUCGAUGGAUCCCGAUAUAUUCGUGUUCCACAAUGUGAUCUCUAGCGCGGAGAUUGCAAUUUUAGACCAGGAAAUGGAAGCAUUUCUGGUUCCUGCCAAAGUAGCUACUCCUGAAGGAGAGAAAGUUUCUAGUUAUCGCACAGUGAAGAGCGCUAGGUUGCCUCAUGUAAAUGUUUCAAGGGAAGUGAAUUUGCUGGCCGUGCGAUUGCAUAAACGAAUGUCAGAUUUGUCAGAUUUAAAUCUCGACAGUUAUAGUGACGUCAUGCAGGUGCUUAAGUAUGACUUUGGAGGACAUGCCAGCAUUCACAAUGAUUACUUCAACAAAUCCAGCAGCGAGGAACGCAUUGCCACAAUUUUGUUUUAUCUCAAUGAUGUGCCUAGUGGUGGUGGAACAUUGUUUUUUGACCUCGGCUUGACGGUGCAGCCAGAGCCUGGAAAAGCUGUUCUCUGGUACAAUUUGAAUUUGGAAACAUUUGACUACGAAGAGCGAAACAUACAUGCAUCUUGCCCUGUCAAGAUUGGCUCUAAAUUUGCCCUCACACAAUGGGUACUUGAGCAUCAACAGAUGUUCAACCGACCGUGUUUAAGGCCUCCAAAGUGGCGUCAAUACAAGUAGACUCAGAUGAAUGAUGAGGCGAGAUCAUCCUUUAAGUAUGAAUGAAAUGAAAACAAGUAAGAAAGCUACAGUCGAGUGUACUCGACUGUGAGAUACCCGCUACCCAUUUUGAAUAAAAGAAAUAUA